UUUGCCAACAUCACACCACUAAGCCACACAUGAAUUUGCUGCAAAAAUGGCGACCUGGAGCGAUCUGUCACGUCACAGCUGGCGUUGUCAGCAUCUCCACCAUGGUGCACAAGGUAGCAGUGAUUGGCGCCGGCCCGUCGGGUCUGAGCUGCGUCAAGACGUGUUUGGACGACGGCUUGAUGCCCACCUGCUUCGAGAGCAGCGACGACCUCGGCGGACUUUGGAAGUUCAAAGAGGUAUCAGAGCCCAACCGUGCCAGCAUCUACCGCUCCCUGACCAUCAACACCUCCAAGGAGAUGAUCUGCUUCAGUGACUUCCCCACUCCAGCCGCCUACCCAAACUACAUGCACCACUCCAAAAUACUCAAUUACUUCCGUAUGUACGCCGAUCACUUCAAGCUGCUGCCGCACAUACAUUUCCAGACCUCGGUGAAGAGCGUCAGACAGAAGGCCGAUUAUUCCCGCACGGGUCAAUGGGAAGUGUUGACGGAGAGAAGGGACGGAAAGGAGGAGACGCACGUCUUUGAUGCGGUUAUAUGCUGCUCAGGACGUUACACUUACCCCAACCUGCCCCUACAGGACUUCCCAGGAAUCGAGAGCUUCCGGGGACGAUACCUGCACAGCUGGGACUACAAGGGUCCUGAGGACAUGCACGGCAAGCGAGUGGUGGUGGUCGGCAUCGGAAACUCAGGCUGCGACAUCGCGGUGGAGAGCAGCAAGUUUGCAGAGCAAGUGUACAUGAGCACACGCAGUGGCGCCUGGGUCAUCAGGCAGGUGUCGGACAACGGAAUGCCAGUGGACAUGAAGAACAAGACUCGCUUUUCCCACAUUUUGUUCCAGCUCUUCCCCAUAAACUUCUUCAACUGGUUGGGCGAGAAGAAACUCAACGCCAUGUAUGACCACACCAUGUACGCCCUCAAGCCCAGCCACAGGCUCUACAGUCAAGUCACAGUGGUCAACUACGAACUGCCUUUUAAGAUUCUCUCCGGCUCAGUCAUCAUCAAGUCCAACGUCAAGGAGAUCCGUGGCUCCUCUGUGCUCUUUGAGGACGGUAGCGUCGUAGAGAAGGUGGACACCAUCGUGUUCGCCACGGGGUAUAAUUACGGCUUCCUGUACUUGCCCAGCGGCGCUCUGUACAAGUCGGGGCACCGCGUCGGUCUCUACAAGCACGUCUUUCCACCCAACCUGGAGCACCCCACCCUGGCCGUGGUGGGUUUUAUCCACGCCCUCGGAGCAAUCAUGCCACAGGCCGAAAUGCAGGGCCGUUGGGUCUCGCAGGUCUUCAAAGGACACCUGAAGUUGCCUUCAAACCAGGCCAUGGUCAAAGCUGUAGAGCAGGACACCAAGGACAUCAACAAAAGUUACAUCGUGUCCAAGCUGACGCCGCUCCAGGUGGACUUUGUGUCCUACAUGGACGACCUGGCCAGGGAGAUCGGAGCGCGACCCAGUCUGCUUUGGCUCCUCUUCACAGACUACCCACUUUUCAAGUGGGUCCUGUGGGGGCCCGUCACCGCCUAUCAAUACCGCCUAACUGGGCCCGGCAAGUGGGAGGGCGCCCGGCGAGCCAUCUUCACACAGUUUGACCGCAUGUUCGAGCCCCUGAAGACCAGGAAGGUGAAGGAACAGGAACACAACGUCUCCAGUCGCCUGUUCAAGUUAAGCUUGGCCCUAAUGAUCGGAGGAGCCGUAGUCGUCUACGUUCAAGUCCGAGACCCAUCUGUCUUUCCCAACAAAAAUGGCCAAACUGAGUCUCCAAAAAGUCUGAAUGAAUGUCAAACAUCCUGAGUUUUAAAGCCACAGACACUGUUUUAUAUCUACGACUUUACUUGCUCUACAUGCUGUCAAUCAUUUCAACCAGUCAAAGUUAACCAUAAUCAUUUGUGGACUUCAUCAGCAGAAAUCACAGGUGCUAAUAUAAACGACCUGCCAUCUGUAUGUGAGGAUGUAAAUAUCCAGAUGUAUGCAGAUGACACGGUUAUUUAUACUUGGGGAAAGGACGCUGAAACGGUUGCCAGAAAACUUACAGCAGCCAUGGAGAAGGUGGCAAGAUGGCUACAUGACUCUUGUCUUACAUUAAACAUUAAAAAAACUGCAACAAUGUAUUUUGUAAACAAAUAUAAAAUGUCAUCCUUUCCAAA